AUGGCUAGACGCGUAAAGCUCGAGGUCGCAGGUAUCCGUCUUCGCCCGCUUCCGCCCAUCGCUUCGGUCAUUCCGAAUAUCGGUAAUAUGGGACAAGGUUGCGCCUACAUGGUCCGACAUGUGAUUCCAUCCACAAUCCGACGGAGCAUCGGUCACCCAGCGGACCGCACCGGUCUACCUUCAUCUCUGGAUCAAAACUCAAUUCAUCGUCCGAUCGCCCCACGAGCCGCACCCCAACCCAGACUCGAUGCGUCGUUGACCGCUUCUGCACGUCCUUCUGCAGCCUCCUUUGUCGAGAGACCCCCUUGGUGGCUUUGCUCGUCUGGUUUCAAGCUUCGAAAAGAUAAGAAAGGAAGCGGCGGGUACUGA